CAUAACGCAAGCUAGGGCUCGCUGAAACUCGAAACCCUUCCAUAUAAACCCUUGCAGAGCCCUAGAGUCUCAUUCCUUCGUUGCCCUUUUUCUCUCCGACUUUCUCCUGUGCCUUCUCACUUGAUCCGCUCCGCUACAAUGGCUUUGCCGAAUCAGCAAACAGUUGAUUAUCCGAGCUUCAAACUUGUGAUUGUUGGGGAUGGUGGAACAGGGAAGACGACUUUCGUGAAAAGGCAUCUUACAGGAGAAUUUGAGAAGAAAUACGAACCAACCAUCGGUGUGGAGGUCCACCCGCUGGAUUUUUUCACCAACUGUGGGAGGAUUCGAUUCUACUGCUGGGAUACUGCGGGACAAGAGAAAUUUGGUGGCCUUCGUGAUGGAUAUUAUAUUCAUGGACAAUGUGCGAUUAUAAUGUUUGAUGUCACUGCCCGGCUGACAUACAAAAAUGUCCCAACCUGGCAUCGGGAUCUGUGUCGGGUGUGUGAGAACAUUCCUAUUGUUCUUUGUGGUAACAAGGUUGACGUGAAGAACAGACAGGUUAAGGCGAAGCAGGUUACAUUCCACCGGAAGAAAAAUUUGCAGUAUUAUGAGAUAUCUGCUAAGAGCAACUACAACUUUGAGAAACCUUUUCUAUAUCUAGCGAGGAAACUUGCAGGUGAUCCUAACCUGCACUUUGUAGAGUCUCCUGCCUUGGCCCCACCUGAAGUUCAAAUUGAUUUGGCUGCACAAGCACAGCACGAGCAGGAACUUGCGCAAGCUGCUGCUCAGCCCCUUCCUGAUGAUGACGAUGACGCAUUUGAAUAAACUUAGAUGUUUUGAUUGCCCGGAAGGUGGGGGACAGCGUAUUGUUAGGUAUUACGUCUGUGGGCUACUGUCAAGAGCUGGCUGGUAUUUGUGUAUGGCAAAUUAUGUUUUGGGUUGUAUCAUUAAAAUAUGGGAUUUUGAGGAUGUGAGAUUUCAUCUUUUGAGCGUUUUUGCUAAAAUUGGGUUAUUAGUUUAUAAGCAGUAUUGCUGUUUGGAUUGCCCGUUAACCGUUAUCUCUUAACGGGGAUGUUGGAGUUUUCUCGUUCUGGGUCUUCCAUUUGACUUUGUACUCCGACAAAUUGGAUCUUGACCUCGGUAGUUAAUUGUUUUCACCCCUUAAUUGAGAUUUAUUUUUCAAAA